CUCCAUGCCGUUGCUCACCUCGAUUAUAUGGUGAGACUGAUCCCUCAACCAUCCGCCAUCGCCGUGUCGUGUCCCUGGCAGUACGUUACCCGCCACCGCAAUCAUGACCAGAUUCGCAGGCAACACAUAUAUGCCAUCUGUCAAUAUCGCGACCUGGUUUUUGACCGUGGUCGCCAGUCUCGGCGUGUUGACGCGCCUGGGGACCAAGUACUGGAUUUCCGGCCGAUUUUCCCGCGAUGAUACAACCAUCGUUGGGGCCAUAAUAGCGGUUGCCGCCCAAACCGUCGCUAUGUCCAAGGCGACGGAAAAUGGGUACGGGGAACAUUUCGGUGCCUUGAGCAGGGAUCAGAGAAGAGCGAUGAUGAAGAGCCAAUAUGCGGCGAGCCUGUUCUACAUCAUUGCCUUGGUAUUAUCCAAGUUAUCCUUCGCCAUGUUCAUACGAGCCAUCACGCCCGUAUCCACCGACCGCCGGAUCACACUGGCGCUCUGCAUUGCUAUAUGUGCCUGGGGGGUAGCCUGCUUCUUCACCGCCGUCUUCCAGUGCGCUCCGCCAUCGACAUGGGACUAUAUGAACGGGAAAUGCUAUAAUAUACAAGCGUGGCAGAACUUCUUCGGUAUAUCAAGCAUUGUUACCGAAGUGGCUGUCCUCAUGCAGAUGUUCCUGCAAAUUGCGCGUAUCCAGGCCGGUCUUCAACGGAAGAUAAACAUUAUGAUGGUCUUGGGGCUCCGCAUAUUUGCUGUUAUUGCGACUAUCGUCUGGCUCGUCUUCGUCAACCUUACCGCCAACAAUCCGGACCCCAGUUACGGCACCUGGGCGGCGACGGUGAUCAACCAAGUUACCCUCUGUGUGAGCAUCAUCACCGCUUGCUCCCCACAGUUCAAGCCCUUCCUGGACAGCCUACAAAACUCUGGCAUGCGGAUCGACGGCAUGGGCACUCGCUACUACCGAAGCUACGGCUCGAAGGACGCCUCGGCCAAUCUGCGCAGUUUGACGGGCAACGGCACCCGAAGCAAAGACGCAGACGAAUUGCCCAUUCGACCUGCGAACGAGACGACCAUCAAGGCCACUCACGAGCCGCCCGACUGGGAUGCCGAUAGCCAGACGAGCCAGUCGAGAAUUAUCCGGGAGACUCGAACAUGGACCUUGACCGCAGAGCAUCGGCGGCAAUCGUUUGAUAGUGGCUUAUAACUCAAUGUUGGCUAACUCAUUUCCGUUCCCGCUUUCAACAAAG